GGCCAGGCCAGGCCAGGCAAUUAGCAGCAGGGCGGCGGCGGCGGCCAACCCACCACGCCUUCUCCAAUGCGGAGUCAAGCCUAACCCCAGGUUUUAACCCCAUGGGGGGGUUAUCCGCUGCAUCCCCCCACACUGACACUGGACGCACGACCUCUUUUGAUUUGGAGAGGCGCGGCGCGAGGGAGGCACUCGCACGCCAGUGUCCGGUUUCAAGCAGCCAAACAGAAGCCGCCUUGUCCUCCUUACGCCUUUCCGUUUCGCGACUGAUUACUCCGUCUGUUGCGCCUCUCGUCCGCUACAUCCCAUCCGCCCUCUUCGUCUCUUGUCGGCGAGGCUGUCCUGCGACCGGGCUGCGGCUUGCCCACUCAUCUUCCAGGUACCUCCAUGCUGGUGCCUGCUUAAGUGGCCUCUCUGCGGAGUUCCUGUCUCAGGACCGCCGGCUCUGCCCCGUUGAUCCUAUCCUCGGCCGCUCAUCCCUCCUCCCCGCCGCCGCUCUCCUCCGCUCUCGGCCGUGGCCCAAAGUCUUGGCUCCGACUGGACAGUACAACCCAACCCAACCCAAGAGCCGCGGCAGGCAGGCCUCCUCCUUGGAGACGCCCUCCUCACGGCUUGUCUCGUGCAAGACCACGUAUCUAUUGACACUCCAACAGACUCACAGCUUCCUUGUCCGUUCUGAAUCCUACCUCAUCCGUCGUGAUUGAGAAGGUUCCUGCUGUGGGAGCCCGCCUCGCUGCGCGCGCAGAAUCGCUUCUGCCUCCGCCCUCACCCAGCCAUUGGCCUCUGUUCGGAACUGGCAUUGCCCUCCGCAACACCCCUGGCCACCCCCUUCCGACUGUGCAGUCGAUGGGCCUCGUCUCUUUCGUUGGCUAGCGAGAGCUGCUUCUUGCUCGUUUCGGUCUGCGCCUAUACCAGGAGCAGGCUGCGCCGCCAUCAGAAGUGCGCGUAAAAAAGGGCCUACCGGUGUCAGCCAGCCGGUUUUCCAGCCCCAUUCAGUAUCCAUCUUCACGCCGCUGGACGUCCCCGCAUAACUGUUCCUUCUCCUCCAGCAAACCUUUGCACGGCCGACUCAGUCCCCCACCUCACUGAAAGGUGCGUUUGAGGCGGGCUGGUUUCCCCAUGGUACGUUUUGGUGCUCGUAAUGCUCCCGAUCCACCACUCUCUGGAGGGCUCGCCCCCUCAUGCCACCGCCGCGACUCUUCUUGUUGGCGAGCCUGGCCAGAGCCGUGAUCAGAAACCAAAGACAUUGCCCUGCAAGUACUGCAACAAGCGCUUCCGACGUGUCGAGCACGUUCAACGACAUGAAAGAACCCACACAAAAGAAAAGCCGUUCGCCUGCGGUUGGGAUCGAUGUGGCAAGACCUUUGGACGUCGAGAUCUUCUUGUCAGGCACGAAAAGCUCGUCCACCUCAACGAUGGCACCAAGGAGAAUAAUAAUCGCCCAAGGAAGCUAUCUUCAGGGGCGUCCAACCACAAACCGUCUUUAUCGGAUGGCAAUGUUGAUACGGAAAGUGGCGGCUUGCAUCAAGCGUCGUCUGCACGACCGUUGCCCCCGCCACCGCAGCAUCAAACAUCGACAGUCCAACAACAGCAUUAUCAUCACGGGCCGCCUAGCCAAAAUGGGGCGCCGGGACCGAACCCAAACGACCCCCGUGGUACGCCCCGGUCGGCUGCCUGUAAUCUCGACGUGUUGUCAGAUGCAGCACUGGCCACAGAGGUCUCGAUGCCUGCCAUGAUGGGUGAGAUGGGUCAGCAUCACACUGGACAUGUUCCGAUGAAAGGCUUCGGGGAAACUAUUGGAAGCUUCGUGGAGAGGCCGCGAGAUGACCAACAACAACACGUGCUGCCGACUGGUUUCACCCCACAGACGCAGCCGCCUCAGCCGUCGUAUGACGACUAUAACCUGUUCCUGGAUGACUUUUCUUCUGCACCGCACCUCUUACCCCCUCAUUUCGAGCCGGACCAUCAAAUGGCCAUGUGGUCUCGCGCACCGACGCAGAUGCACCAGAGAGGAAAUUCCAGGCCUCCGUCUCAGUUUCCCUCUCGGUUUGGCUCACUCGCUCCAGAUCUACGAGAUGUUGGGGAGUCUGGUACCAGAACGCACGACGACCCGGCAAGGGCACCUUCUUUCCGCAUCUCUGCUGUUGACCAUAACGUCAUCAAGAACCGAAUCGACGAGUAUUCUAGCGUGUUACCGAGCGACUUCGUUUUCCCAUCCCGGCAUACCCUAACCCGAUUCCUCGAAGGCUACAUUAGCGGAUUCCACGAGCACCUUCCUUUUCUUCACUUACCAUCAUUGACGCCGCCGGAGCUGGCACCAGAGCUGUUGCUCGCGAUUUUGGCUGUCGGCGCCCAGUACCGGUUCGAGUUCAACCGCGGAUACGCCCUGUGGUACGCCGCCAAAGCCGUAGCCACGGAGCAGAUCCGACGGCGACACAGCUCCGAGGUGCAUGCUCUGCUGCCAACUGCAUCGUCAUACAGUCCACACUCGACACGACCGUCACCAAGCAUCAGUUACCGCCACUCGUUUGCCUCUGCACAGUCCGAAAGACCAACAACCCAGGAUACACAUCGCGAGCCAUACUCCCCAAAUACGCCACAGGCUCGACUCGAGACUAUCCAAGCAGUUCUCCUCCUCUUCGCCGUGGGCCUUUGGGGCGCCAAGACCAUUCUCCAAGAUGCCCUGUCCCUCCAGAGCACGCUGGCAUUCUUGAUCCGCGAGGAGGGCCUGAGCGUGGAGACCAGCCAGGCUGUGCUUAGUGACUGGGACGCGUGGAUACGGCUCGAGGGUGCCAACCGGACCAAACUCAUCGCUUAUUGCUUCUUCAACCUCUGCAGCACCGCGUACGACAUGCCGCCGCAACUUCUCACGUCCGAACUGAACCUCUAUCUGCCUCUGCGCUCGCAGCUAUGGCGUGCCGAGUCGCCCUGGCAGUGGCAAGAAAUGCGGCAGACAAUGCCCAUGGCCGAGAUCACCGUUCACGAUGCGUUUUCGCGUUUGUUUGGCCGGGCAAGCCAGGGUCUGCCACCGAACCUCUCGGCACUGGGCCAUUACGUUUUGAUCCACGCUCUGAUCCAGCAUGUUUAUCUUCUGAAACAGACAUGUCUGUCGGCCGGCUCGCCUUACGAUGCACAACGAACAAUAAAAUCAGAAGACGUUGACGAGGUGACGCAGGCUUUGAGGGUAUGGCAGACGAGCUUUGAGCAUCGGCAUCAGUUGAAGGCGGCCGAGUCGGGCCACUACAUGAGCGCAGACUCACUGACGGGCGGCUCACUAACAUUCAAUGCUACGGCACUGCUGCGGCUGGCGUAUAUCAGAUUAAACACUGACAUCCCGCCAAGCCGAUCGCUGGAGACGAGGGACUCGAUGCUCAUUUCGUCUGCCCUGAGCACAACACCGAUGCUGUUGCGCAGUGUGCGGCUACAUCGGGCUGUAUUUCAGGCUGUGCAUGCCUUGUCAAUGCUUGUCAAGGCGGGGGUGAACUACGUGGCGAGGGCAAAGUCGACCGAGUGGAGCAUACAGCAUUCGCUUUGCAACUUUGAGUGCGCUUUACUGCUCGCGAAGUGGCUGCUCACACUCGCCGCCAUAACGCCCUCGGACCCAGCAGUAUCGCCAGAGGAGAGGAGCCUCCUGGAGACGGUCAGACGAAUGCUGGAUGAAACCGAGUUCGCGGUGCCGAUAGAUCCAUCGUUGUCGGGGCCGGGCGCGAGUGGGGGCCAAGUCGACAUGGCAAGCAACGACAGCGCCAAGCUGCGACAGUUGGCGAGUGCCGUAGUGCGGCUCUGGGCGGAGACGUUCAAGGGAACACACGUUUUCGAUCUGGUCAAGGUCAUGGGCGCGAGCCUGGAUGGAUACGCGGACUUGGUUGACAAGCCGCCGGGGAGAAGUUCCAUGGGCAGGAUUGCGUCAGACGGGGGGGUGGCCUGACUGGUUUGACAGACUCGGGCGGUGCUCUGUCGUACCGCGGAUGAGGGAACACGGGCGACGGCAUUCGCAUAUAUGUAUAUAGAGAAGGGCAGGCAAGAGGCCCGGCCGAUGUCGUUGGGACCCAAGGUACUGAAUGAUGCAUGAUGAGCCAGGCUUGCGACUACGA